AUGCAUCCGGCUAAACAGGCACAAAUUCCAGAUAAAAAUUUACAACAAACGUUACCAGUUAGGAAUUGGUAUACUGUAGGUUUGGAACACUUUGUCAGCAGGGAUGCAAUGAAAAUUAAAGCCAGGAUUGUCGCACGCGAAGAUAUAUUUCCACGUCGCAUCAACAACAUUUCCCAAUAAGAAUGCAAUACGCAUUCCAUGCAACUAUUUAUUAAUAGCUAGGCAAGCUGGAACAGAUUCAUUACACUGGUUUUACCAAGGCCUACAAUUAAUUAUAAUUACUGUUUUCCUUCUUAUUUUUGAAGAUGAUUUUUACAGAAUAUACAAUCUUAAGUACAGCAACGCAAGGAUUGCAAAAUGGGGGAAAGGCGAUGGCGAAUGGGGUACAUAUGAUGGAGAUCUUUACGAUGAUCAAGUUUGGAAACUUGUACCAAGAUUCAAAGCAGCAAUAUCCAAUAUCAAUAUAUGGAGUUGUGAUAACCGUGAAGGAUCCGUAGAUUUUUCCGAAGAAAAAAGUGUCACAAUUGGGCUGAAGCUGACAUCAUCAAGCACUGUUUCCACAACAGUUGGACUCGAGGUGUCAUUGAAAGCAUCCGCGUCUUUUGCUGGGUUUGGUGCUGAAGUCGAGUCGAAGAUUUCAAAACAAAUUCAAAAGUCGUUAUCAAACACUGCAGAGAAAGAUUGGAUCCGUAAAUCCACGAUCAAAUUUACUGCUCCAAAGGGGAAGAAUUAUCGUGUAAAGCAGCUUACUUGUAGUUUCAUGAGCCCUCUAGCUGCUGAUGAUUGCGUAUUGAAUUGCGAUUACGUGGUGGAAGAAACAGACGGUGACUUCCCAAAUUAA